AAGGAAGCGAGCAAAACAAAUGCCACAAAAGCAAAACAGCGCGCGCCAUCACACGCGGAUUUACGUUUCGGAGUGGUUUCCAUUGCAAGAUUAAUUCUAAGUGUUGAAAAUAGUGGAAAAUCAAUAGUUAUCGAAAAAACACACCAUGUCCAUGAACAAGUUUAUGCAUCCAAGGAACAUCUACCGGCAGAGGCCUGAUUUCCGAGCGCUGGUCAAACAAUAUCCGGAACUGACUGCGGCCACCACAGUGGAUUUGAACGGCAAACUCAAGCUGGACUACAAGGAUCGGAAGGCUCUUCGACUACUUACGAGUUGCCUGCUGAAGCGAGAUUACGGCUUGCAGGUGGAUCUUCCACCGGACAAACUGGUUCCGACAUUGCCCCUCCGGUUGAACUACAUUCUGUGGCUGGAGGAUCUGGAAGAAGCGUUGGGAUGGAAAAACCGAGCUGAGGUAAGAGGGUUGGAUAUAGGGUGUGGGGCGUCGUGCAUCUAUCCGCUGCUGGGAGUGGUACACUCCAAGCGUCGCUGGAGAAUGGUCGGGUUGGAACUACUGAAAGACAGCGUGCUGGUGGCUAGGGCAAACGUGGAGAGAAAUGGCUUGCAAGCGUGUAUCGAAGUGGUUCAGCAGAAAUCGGACGAUGGGAGCGUUUUGAAGCAAUUUAUGGAAGAUCGGGAAAACUUCGAUUUCUGCAUGUGUAAUCCACCGUUUUUUGACGAUGACGAAGGCACGACACACAAAGAUCGUACAGAUCAGAGAAAGGAGCCACCAAAUGCUGUUACAGGUAGCGAUAAAGAGCUGCGAAUAGAUGGCGGAGAGUUACGGUUUCUAGAACGGAUUAUUGACGAAAGCCUGGAGUUAAAAGAGCGAAUCACGGUGUACACGUCGAUGAUUGGUCAUAAGAAAAACUUCGAAGAGAUUUUGCGAAUCAUGAAGAGGCGGUCGAUCAGCAACGUUACUACGACCAGAUUUUGUCAAGGGAAUACCACGCGCUGGGGCGUUGCCUGGAGCUUUUCCAGCGCUGCCAUAUUAUCCAAUGUACCUGACCGAUUUGAACAGGAAUCUUCAGGUCGUAAAUCAGUUGGAAAACCUUUGGAGGGAAAGAUUUUUUCACUGGAAGACGUUGAAUCUAUUGACGUGGUUCAAGCUAGUCUACUAAGAGUCCUGAAGACUCUUGAUCUUCAAAUAAAUGCUCUGAGUGGAGAUACGGAUCAUAUGUGGGAGCUGAUUGCACUGGAUAACACGUGGUCGCAUCAACGUCGCAAGCGACGGGAAGCACAUAGAAAACUGAGUCCGGGUAGCGAAAAUAGGAACAACCAAGAGCGUGAGCUCGAAACGUCAUCCAACUCAGAUGGAACUCCUAGCAAAAAGCUCAAGUCCGACCAGCGCGACUGUGAACCUGUCCUAAAGGCAGUGUUGUGCUUGAAAAGAAAAGACGACGGGUACUAUUUAGCUUUAAGUUAUCUUAGCGGCAUAGCUGGUAAAGAUGCUCUUAACCAAAUAUUGCAGUUUGUUAAAAAUAAUAUACGCAACAUACGUUGAAUGAAUCACAAACAAGCUUGCCUGUUCAAUAAUUUCGAA